AUGAUGAAGUUGAGUUUCUUAGUUCUGGUGAUAAUUUAUAUUUCACAGAAUGUUUUAACAGAACAUUCAACCCGUUUGUCGAGGGAUAUAGAAGAUUUUGUCAAUUUGUUAGAUCUAGCCCAGAUUACGCGUCUCACCAAUAGCUACUAUCUCAACGAUAACGAUUUUCAGUCGAUGUUGGAGUACUUGCAAAGCAUCGAGUUUUCCGCUGUAUGGAAUGGUUUCUUCAAUUUGACGAUGAUACGUGAGGUAGGCCUCUAUCUGUCUCACGAAGGUGUUCCUUUCUACGACUAUGUGGAUCUUGUAGCAAACUUUAUUGGACAACCGCCGCUCAAUCGUCGUGUGGUACAACAUCUACAAAAAACAAAAUACCGUGGUGUAAAGACGUAUGUUGAAGAAAUGUUUGCUGUGCUGCCAUGGCGAGAAUGGCAUCGUUUGUAUGAUAUUAAGCAAGCAAAUAGUGUACCGUUCAGGGCGUUGGUUAACAAACUUCGGCGGAUUAAUUAUGUAGAACUAAAGCAGUUUUAUGAGGACAGCAAAGACUUCAGAUCAUUCGUGCAAAUCCUGCGAAGCUAUGGAUUGGAUGUUGACUCAUUUUCACAGUAUUUGAGAAAAUAUUUGCCGUGGGAUCAUACUGGUAAAACUGCAGGCCGAUUUGAAAUUGAAAGGAACGUGUGA